GUCGUGCGCAACUUGACCGACGACGACAUGGCCGAGGAGGCCUUCAGAUGGUCGCUCAGCCUCAUCUCCAGGAUCUUGACGCGUGUGAUCACAGAGGGCUCCACGAUUGUGAUGAAGGCCAUCAACACGAACUCUGGCAAGGCGCUGAAGAAGGCGGUCGCCUGUGCGCCGCGAGGCAAGCGGGCGCUGUGGAUGCUCAACAUCCAGGUCGGCACGCAGUCGAUCUCCCCCUUCAUGUGGGCAAUCGAGACGGGCAGCCUCGAAGCAGCCAAG